AUGUCCAAUAGGAGAACACCAGAGGAAUGGCGGUAUGCUAUCAACACAUUGCAGAGUCAUCCAUCUGAGUUUGCAGAUAUGGAAAGUAGUGUCUUUCAAGUUUUGAGGUUUAGUUAUGAUAGCUUGAGGGAUGAUAAACACAAAAAUUGUUUUCUUUAUUGUUCCUUGUUUCCAGAGGAUCAUAUGAUUAGAAAAGAUGAACUAAUUGACCUCUGGAUUGCGGAGGGAAUUUUACGUAAUUAUGGUUUAGAUGAUACAAGAGACGCAGGAGAGUUUAUUAUUAGAAGUUUGAAACAUGCGUGUCUGUUGGAGAUGGUUGGAGAUUCUGAUGAUUAUGUUAAGAUGCACGAUGUGCUUCGUGAUAUGGCUCUGUGGUUAGCUUUGGUAAAGGAGAACAAGAUUUUUGUUUUUGAAAAUCAAGAAUCCAUUAAAAAACAUGGCAUUGCUACAUGGAAGGAGGCAGUAAGAAUAUCACUGUGGGGUAGAAGUGUUAAACUUUUCAGUGAAACACCAUUUUGUCCGCGUCUGCUAACUUUUGUGGUUAGACAGACUUCAGUUGAGACAUUUCCUAGUCCAUUCUUUCAAUCUAUGCAUGCCAUGAAAGUUUUGGACUUGUCAAAGAAUUGGUACUUAACUACGUUGCCUGCCAUGCUUGAAAUGAUAAAUUUGCAGUAUCUUAAUUUGUCGGAUACGGAUAUAGAGGAGUUGCCAAUUAUGGCUAGCAGUUUGACAAAAUUGAGGUUUCUACUGUUAGAUGGUACAAGGAAACUCAAAGCUAUUCCAGAAGGAGUGAUAUCAAUUCUUUCAUCGCUACAUGUGUUCAGCAGAGUACCAACUAGAAAUAGGGAGCUGUAUUUUCAUUCCUUUUGGAAUACAACCUUGUUACGAGAGUUGGAGUGCUUGGAAGAUUUACAAGAAAUUAGUGUCACCUUGUUUACAGUCGAUGCUGUAUUUCUAUUUAAAUCAUCCCCCAAGUUACGAGGUUGUGUUAAACGGUUAGUAAUCAAGUGCGAGCAGGGCGAGGAAUUGCAUUCGCCCAACGCAUCCUCUUCGGUUCUAAGUACAGGCUGUUUCAACAUCCUUCAUGACCUCUAUAUCAAUAAUUGUUUGAUAAAAGAUUUGACAUGCCUCAGAUAUGCUACACGGCUUAGAUUUGUUUUUGCUGAAAAAUGUCCCUUAUUGGUAGAAAUAAUUGCCAAUGAAUUCAGCUCUUCAUCAGAAGCCCCCAACAUGUUUAAAAAUCUAAAGCAAUUGAAUUUUCGUGAUCUACCACUUCUAAAGAGCAUAUGCCGUGUCAUGCACUUCCCUACCCUGGAGACGAUACAUGUAGACAAUUGCCCAAGUCUAACAAAACUCCCACUUGACGUUUUCAACGAGAAUAACAGCAGAAUUUCGAUACUGGGAGAUAAAGAGUGGUGGGAUAAGCUGGAAUGGGAGAAUUCGAGUUCAAAAGUUUCUUAUCCCUCUAUGCAUCAGACAGCACCCGUCUCAGGAUUAGCAGCACAAUUUUGUUCCGACAAUUUUCCACACUUCAAAGCAGCUGGUUGGUGGAAUUCAGAUGCGCCAAGUUAUACAUAUGAAGCAACAAAGUUUGAGGAAAGAGCUGACACAGAGAAACUUAGAGUGGCACGGAUGGUUUCAGAAGCGGCACUUAAAUAUAUCAAUGACCUUACAUAUAGCUCAAACGAGGCAAAACAAUUUGUAGACUGA